ACGGUCAUAUGAAACGAAAUACCAGACCCUGGUUUGUAAUUGUCUGAUGUUCAUUUGUUGACUUGAUGUUGGCCAAUUUUUCUUCAGUGAUUCAUUCUCCAGGCAGCUUAUGGAUGAGAUUCUAGAUGUUGACCUGUGCAGAUGAGGAACUGUCAAGUGAAGAAAGCAUCGUCAUAAAAGUAUGACUAACACUUGAAAUAUGGAUAAUAAAGAAGACACUACCGAUGUCGUGCCGGUGAAAGCAGAUCCAGUUUCCCCCAAAGAACUGGAUUCACCAAGUGAGGCUUCAUCCAGUGGGAUAUCUUCCCAGGAAGAAUUACCCGGUGGUAACCUGAAACAGGCUGCAGAGGAUGAUCCUGAUGAUGAAACGUACCAAACCCUGCUGCAACAGGGUCUGAAGACAUUCUCUGAGGGUUCGGAGGAAUCCUCCAGGAACCCGUCAAACGCAGGAUCCCCUGGCAGAGACGGUGGCCAAGGAGCGGCCAGAGACCAGCGGGAGGUGGGGGAUGAUGUCAGGGACGGGGCCGGUGUUGUGGGUGCUAUGAGCAGUUCAGAAUCUGAGGAUAGCAGUUUAUCCAGUCUUGCGGAAGAACAACUUAAGAAGCCACUCCCCGAGUUGCUGAGCGAUGUAGCCAAAUUUGCCUAUUCUUCACUCGUAGCUGUAUGCCUGCCAAACCUCUUUGAAAAUGAGUGGAAUAAACAGUGGAAUCUGAAAACGGUGAAGUCUUUGAGUAAAUAUCUUCAGCUUCCGAAGCAGUCCGGAGAGACCCUGUGUCACAUGGUCAAUGAUCCCAAUCAUCAUGAACUUGCCAAUGCAGACGUCUUUACAGAAGUUCUUCUGGAGGACCCCUCUCUCAUCAAGCCAGAGAUCAUACCAAAGGAUAUCAUCACCCAAGCGCUGAGUGAUGGGACCUACGAUGCUAGGAUGAGGGUCCUGGUGAGAGAGAUCUCUAAACGUCUUAACGUUAGCUGGAAGUUAAUCCGAGCAUUUGAAAAGGGAAUCAUCGAUGUCUAUGAACAGGAGGAACAUGAACUCACCGAAGAGGAGAAGAGAGAGCGAGAUAAGAAAGCAAAGUUUCGGAAAGCUAAGCGGUACAUCAUGAUUGGAGCAGCAACAGUUGGAGGAGGAGCCAUCAUAGGCCUAACAGGAGGGUUAGCUGCCCCUCUCAUAGCAACAGCAGGAGCAGCAUUGCUGGGUACUAGUCUCAGUUUCUUUGGGACCGUAGCGGGGGCGGCGAUCAUCGGCUCAAUCCUAGGUGCCGCCGGAGCAGGGCUGUCAGGAUACAAAAUGAAGAAGCGAGUCGGGGAGGUGGAAGAGUUUGAAUUCACUGCUUUGACAGAAGGGAGGGAUCUCCAUGUAACCGUUGCCGUCUCUGGUUGGCUGCAGAAAAAACAUCUAGAUAACUUCACCGUACCUUGGCGGUGUGUUGCGACCUGCAAUGAGAUCUACUGCUUGAAGUGGGAAUCAAAAUACUUGAUAGAGCUCGGUGAAGCACUGGAGUAUAUUCUUGACACAGUCAUGACUAUGGCCGCCAAAGAAGCUCUCAAAUACACUGUUCUUUCAGGUCUGCUUGCAGCCAUAGCCCUACCAGCAGCAGCGUAUGCUGCCAUUUCAAAUUCAAUUGAUAAUCCAUGGAGCAUUGCUACUAGUAGGGCAAGUGAAGCAGGCAAGCAGCUAGCAGAGGUUCUGUUGUCGAGGCAACAAGGUAAACGUCCAGUGACUUUGGUGGGCUUUAGCAUGGGGGCAAGGGUCAUAUUCUUUUGUCUGAAAGAGCUCUCUGUACGCAAGGGCAGUGAAGGAAUUGUACAAGAUGUCUACCUCUUGGGGGCGCCAGUCACAUCGUCUGUUGCGCAAUGGAGGCCUUUUGCCAGAGUUGUAGCUGGGCAUAUUGUGAAUGGCUUUUGCAGGGGUGAUUGGUUAUUACAGUUUGUGUACAGGACGGCAUCCAUGCAGGUCAGUGAUAUCGCAGGUUUAGAACCGGUCAGAUGGGACAACAGACGGAUGGUCAAUGUGGAUCUUACUGAUGUGGUCACAGGUCACUUGGACUACUCAGGCAAGAUAUCCACCAUCCUAGAUUACGUUGGCUUGGAAACCAAAGACAGUCCUACCUCUGGAAACCUCUCCGAUCUUACCAAGCCCAAAACCAAAGAUACAGAAAAGACCAGCGAGGACCAGGAGCCCCUGGCUGUCAAGUUCGAUGCAAGCGAUCUUCUUCUGCCGAAGAGUGGGUCGGCGAUGGACCUUGCCCUCUCUAAAUUGACAGGGUCAAAAGGUCAUUCACCGGAUGAGAUCACAGAAUCUAAGCCCAAGACGCUUGCCGAGAAUGUAGCCGCCUCCUGCUCUCCAGAAAAGGUUUCGCAGAAUAGAGGGGGCCCUUCAGUUGGACCAACAGCAGCCGACAACAGUAGCUGCAAGGAUGAUGACAACCAGACAAGGAAGGGAGCGUCAUCAGAAGAUGAAUCUACUCGAGGAGGAGAAGGGGGUGGGGGAUUGAGGGAUGGUAGGAUGGAAGAUGAAGGAAGGAUAGAUACAGAGGAAAUGAACAGAGGUGGUGUGAGAAAAAGAGAGGAAAUUGAGGUGGGGGAGGAUCCACUCAGUCUUCUUUCAGAUUGAAAUGUGUUGUUGGAUUUGCUUUCAGGCCAAGAGGGUCAAGGGUCAA